GGAGGCCGGGAGCCGAGCCGGGGAGCGCGGCCGGCGCGGCGGGCUGGCCCCGAGCUCGCGGCUUCCGGGAGGCGCCGGGGUCGGAUAAAUACAUCCCGGGCGCGCGGGGAGCCGCCCGCACCGCCCGCGCCGCGCUCCCGGGGCUCCCGCCGGCCGGCACAGGCACAGGCGCCGGCGCCGCGCCGCUCCUCCUCCUCGCGCGCCGGGCGCGGAGCCGAUGAGCCGCGGCGGCUGAGGGCCGCGGCCUCUGCCCGCCCUCCGCCCGGCGCCCGCCGGGGCUGCAGCCGGGGCGCGGGUGGCCGGCCAUGGGGGCGCAGUGAGGCGCGCGGCGGCCGAGCGUCCGUGCGAGCGGCGGGCCCUCCUCGGCGGCGGCGGCGGCGGCGGGCCCGCGCGCUCUGCCCGGGGCCCCGCGGGAGGCUCCGCCGCGCUCUAUGCGCCUCUGCGGGCGCCGCGGGCCCCGGCCAUGGCGAUAGACCGGCGGCGCGAGGCGGCGGGCGGCGGGCCCGGGCGGCUGCCGCCCGCGGCCGAGGAGAACGGCGCCCUGCCGCCCGGGGACGCGGCGGCCUCGGCGCCCCUCGGGGGGCGCGCGGGCCCCGGCGGCGGCGGCGGCGACAUCCAGCCGCUGCCCGCGCCGCACGCCCCCGGCGGCCCGCAGCCGAGCCUCCUGUUGCUGGACUACGACGGCUCGGUGCUGCCCUUCCUCGGGGGCCUGGGCGGCGGCUACCAGCGCACGCUCGUGCUGCUCACCUGGAUCCCGGCGCUGUUCAUCGGCUUCAGCCAGUUCUCGGACUCCUUCCUCUUGGACCAGCCCAACUUCUGGUGCCGCGGGGCCGGCAAGGGCGCCGAGCCGGCGGGGGUCACGGCCACGGGCCGGUGGGGCGGCGGCGACGCGGCCAGCGGGACCAGCCCCCCGACCGCCCCCUUCUCCACCGCCGCCUGGGGGACGGCGGGCCCCCUCGGCAACGGCAGCGGCGCGGACGGGGGCGACGCGCCGCCCCUGCCGUCCCCUCCGGACAGGGGGGACAACGCCUCCAACUGCGACUGCCACGCGUGGGACUACGGCAUCCGCACGGGCCUGGUCCAGAACGUGGUCAGCAAGGGAUCGAGCUGUGCCCCCCGGGAAAACGGUUCAUGGUCACGAUGGUGGCGAGCUUUGUGGCCACGGCGGGGCAGUUCCUCAUGCCCGGGCUGGCCGCCCUGUGCCGGGGCUGGCAGCUGCUGCAGGCGCUCAUCGUGGGCCCCUUCCUGCUGCUGCUGCUCUGCUGGUCGAUCUUCCCUGAGUCCCUGCGGUGGCUCAUGGCCACCCACCAGUUCGAGGCGGCAAAGAAGCUCAUCCUGCAUGUCACACAGAAGAACCGCAUGAGCCCCGACAGCGACAUCAAAGGCGUGAUGCCGGAGCUGGAGAAGGAGCUUUCCCGGAGGCCCAAGAAGGUCUGCAUUGUGAAGGUGGUGGGCACGCGGAACCUGUGGAAGAACAUCGUGGUGCUGUGUGUGAACUCGCUGACCGGCUUCGGGAUCCACCACUGCUUCGCGCGCAGCAUGAUGGGCCACGAGGUGAAGGUGCCGCUGCUCGAGAACUUCUACGCCGACUACUACACGGCGGCCGGCAUCGCGCUGGCCUCCUGCCUGGCCAUGUGCCUGGUGGUGCGGUUCCUGGGCCGCCGGGGGGGCCUGCUGCUCUUCAUGAUCCUCACGGCCCUGGCCUCGCUGCUGCAGCUCGGGCUGCUCAACCUGAUUGGGAAGUACAGCCAGCACCCAGACUCAGGCAUGAGUGACCGCGUUAAGGACCAGUUCUCCAUCACCUUCUCCGUCGUGGGCAUGCUUGCCUCCCACGCAGUGGGGAGCCUCAGCGUGCUCUUCUGUGCCGAGAUCACCCCCACGGUAAUCAGGUGCGGCGGGCUGGGGCUGGUGCUGGCCAGCGCGGGCUUCGGCAUGCUGACGGCGCCCAUCAUCGAGCUGCACAACCAGAAGGGCUACUUCCUGCACCACAUCAUCUUCGCCUGCUGCACGCUCAUCUGCAUCAUCUGCCUCCUGCUGCUGCCCGAGAGCCGCGGCCAGAGCCUGCCCGAGAGCAUCCCCGACGGCGAGCACUACACGCGCCAGCCGCUCCUGCCGCCCCGACGCGGGGAGCAGCCGCUCCUGCUCACCAACGCCGAGCUCAAGGACUACUCGGGGCUGCACGACGUGGCCGCCGCAGGAGACGGGCUGCCGGACGGCGCCACGGCCAACGGCGGGCGGCCCAUGUAGCUGGGCCCCGGGGUGCCGGGGGCCCGGGCGGACCAGGCUGAGCACGGCCGUGGGAGACCCCACUCCGCAGAGGCUGGUGCGGGGACCCCUGCGGAACUCUGAGGUGUGCGUGUCUGAGGAAGCAGACUUUGCAAAUGACCCUUCAAAGACUUUCUUUUCUGCCAUGAAAUGUUUGUAUUUAUUUUGGUCAUUUUUACAAGAAGCACUUUAUUCCCUUCCCUUCACUGAUCUCAGCACAGAGCCACCUCCUCGGGAAGAGGGACUCAGCGGCCGAGGACGUGCCUCAAGGACCGUGCAGCCCAGGCUCCCCAGGAGGUCGGCCACACCCUCAGAGCCAGCUGUCCCCGAGGCUGUGCGCAGAGACCGACCAGCCACCACCUGCAGCAUUCCCACGGCUGUGCUUUCUUCCGACUGAAAUGUACACGGUUAGGGUCUUGCUGGAGUCUGUGUAUGGUUUUUAAAGGAUUUUUCUGUAAGGUAAGAGCUUCUGCUCCAUGUGUUAGGGGAAGGCAGCUCACGAUAUCAUUAAAACCAGCUUCGUCUUUCCUUCGAGAUCAUCCUUUUAUACUUGAGGCUGGAAGCCCUCUGGGGGAAACGCUUAACCACGUCACCAGAAAUCUUAACAUGUGGUGGCACCGCCACAGUCUCCCACUGCAGGACUGCCCAGCAAAGCUCCCGAGCAGCAGCCGCAGCGAGCCCGAGACAGCCUCCUGCUACCACCCUUCCUCCCGGUUCAGCUCCAGCAGGAAAGGCCCCACCUGCACAGUCUGCUUUUCUGCCAGCACGCCUUGAACACACAGCUACUUCCUGAACUAAAACUAAUAGGAAAAUAACUAAAUAGACGACUAAGGCAGCCCCCCAGGAGGGAGGUGUGCUCUCGCAAAUAUGGUCCGCCAGCCGCAUCCUGAACAUACACCACGCAGAAAUCACCAGCUUGAUGUCACCAGGCCUUGGCUCUGCUGGCCACCAGCGGAGACCCCAGAGUCUGCGGGGGAUGGUCCCGUGCCCUCUGCGUCCGUUAGCGCAGAGCUGGGCCUGGGGGCGAGGGGUGGGCUCCUCACUGGGGAGUCCAACUGACCUCAGUCCCCGAGAGUAUCAGGACCAACUGAGAGAAGCAAUAACUCACCAAAGCUCGAGACCCCUCCCCAUCCCCCGUGUCUGAGGGUUCCAUCAUGUUCCUCACUUUGUCCUCUUGCCUUCCCAGGUCAGGCCCUCUGCACCUGUCUGGGGCUGUUUCAGAGGAGAUGCAGGAGAUGCUGAGAAACAACCCUCACUGGCCAGGCAGGUGCUGCCUUGUAGCAGCGCACACACCGAUUUGGGCACAGCCUGGGUUCUUUCUGGAAAGGUCCACCUCCCCACGUGUGGCGUCUUUGCCGUGGGCUAUUCUUCCAGGGAAAGCAUGGCCCCGGGUCCGUGUGAAGCAGCGAGGGGACUUCCAGCCCACAGCUGCUCAGACUCCGAGGCCCGGGGAGAGGUGGACACAAGCCCCUCACUCCCCUCCUGUCCCCUCAGUCUGUGUCUCACUGUCCCCCCAACAGCGCUCCUACAAGCUGGCAGACAUGGGUGGGAGCCGCUGGCUCAGUGAGAACUUCGUGCGGUGAGCAAACUCUCAGGCCUGUGUGGUUCCAGCAAGCUAGCCGCACGGUCCCCUGGGCCACCAGCUAUGUGGCCCGUCCCCAGCCCAGCUCCUCCGGGCCCUCCCUGGUCUCAAGUCACUUCUGCUCCAUAUUUCAGCGUCAGUCCGCAGUCACCUGAAUCUACAAGGCCUUUCUUUACACCUGUGCAGCUCGAGUGCCAAAUCUAGGAUGUACCUCAGCCUUUCUCAGAGGGCCCCUGUCCAGGACACGACGUGCCGUGCCAGGCGCUGGGACACAUGGAAGGGGAAAGAGCCAACAGGGUCCCUGGGCCGCACCUGCCAGGUGUGUCUGCACCUGUCUCCCCAGCAGCGGGACACCGGCCAGGCUGCUCACCAGACCGCAGGCCGUGCAGACCCGCAGGGGUGGUGUUCAAGCUGCAGGGUGCAGCCAGCGCCUGCAGGAAGGCGGGCGCUCGCACAGCACUCCCAGACCCCUGUUCUGAGGCCCGAGCUCCAUCUUAAAUGACAACAGUAGAUGCUGGGGGCAGAGACCAGCACUGUCAGCUCGGUGCUCAGGACCAGCUCCUGGACUAGGAGAGACGCUGGCUGCGAGGGCGGGGCUGCCAGGACCAAAGUCCAGCAGGUGUGAGGCAGGCGAUGUCUCGGCAGAGAGGUCCCCAGCUCCUGCCUCCCGCGGCCCCCAGAGGUCAGGCCGAGCUCCUGCUCUGCUGGCUCCGCUGAGGGACAGCUGUGAGCGUGGCCAAAGCAGAAUAGCUUGCCGUGGGCUGAGCCCCGUGAGACCCCACGCCAAGCGGAUGAGGCAACAGGGCCCCCUCCCCAAGCCCCACAGGCGCCAGUCCCGCCUUGCUUCGCGAGGCCCCCGUGGUCACGCGUGGACCCCUUGGCUCAGGUCCCUCCGUGCUUCGCAGGGAGACACUCGGGCACCUGCCGUUGCACGUCCGCAGCCCAGCUCCCCGCCCGCUGCCUGGGAAGGCCCCGCCCCGCCUACAGCACCAGGCCGCACCCUCUGGCCCUGCCGCCCAGGAGCCAGGACCCCUUCCAACAAGUAGCACAGAUACGGUCUUUCUGCCUUCUGUUCUUUUCAAUGAUAACUCAUUCGAUACCCUAUCAGCACCCGAAACAGAGUGAGAAAGUUUUACACGGUUCAUUUCCUAGAAGACUACAAUCACUCGCAGCUAGGGGAUGGAGGGCUGGUAAGCUGGUUCAGCCACAGAGCAGAAAGAAAGGAACCGCACAGAGGAAGUCCUGCCCACAAGUACCACUUCCUAGAGCCAAACGAGGGCAGCUGAGGGGCCACAAAAGGAUGCGUCCCCGGGCCGCAGGGGGGACGCCGCGGGGCUGCCGUGCUGGUGGGCGUGCCCUCCCGGCCCCUCAGCCCCACCCAGAGGUUUCUGUGUGAGCCCCACGUGUGGACAGAACACCCAGAGGCGCCUGCUCACGGCACAGACCUACGCCUGGUCCUGCCCCGUCUCCCACGAUCCUGUCUGCAUGACGUCACAGCUGUCACACUGUGGGAGGACUUGUAUGUAAAUGUACAGAAAUAAAAACGUUGCCCCAUGAA